GUUCGUUAAAGGGUAGGAGAGAGCAGAGAAGGGAUAGAGAGUUGGAGUGGUGGCAGUGGUAGUGGCAGUGCCAGUGCCACUGGGGGAGAAAAGGAUUCCUCCAGGUGAUACCGUGGGGGACACUAUGUCAGGCGGCGAGGGGUCUACUAUCCCGAUCAAUCUUCUCGAAAACGCUUCUACGACGAACGUCGAGACUAUCAGUAACAAUGACAGGAUGACCAGCGCUAACGUUGCACCCUUGGAUGGACUUAGACGGAGGAAGGUCAUACACGCGGCCAAAGAAACACUCGACAAGGCAUCACGUCUUCUCAGACGGAAGAUACCAUGUACCGGCCACUUGAUGACCCCCCGCCGCCUAUGGAUACAAAAGGUUCCAACUCAGGAAUGCGAUGUGGUGAUGAUGUUCCCAAGUGGAACAGGAGACGAGACGUUAAUGUGGCUACUAGGACGGCUACGUGCUGGUACACCGGGUUUGGUUGUUCAUGUUCGACAUCAUGCAUCUUCCGAUAGUUAUGGAUUUUAUUUAACAGCACCAUUCCCCGUACUUCUCAAGGCUGCGGAGGAAGUACACUUACCGAAAACUCUUCACCGUGAAUUUGGCGGUGGACUCAAAGAAUUCGUUGGCUCAGAAGCACGCUGCUUCGAGGGUUACGACGAUGAGGCACGAUUCUUCACAACCCAGGAACGACAAUCCUUGGUUUUACACCUUUUGCACACGCUUCGAGCCGCACCGCAGGAUUUGCACAGCUUACCGGGUCUGAAGAUGGUUGAGGGUCAGGCAAUAAUACCUAAAUGUAUCUCGGCCGGAAUAAUUUCUCAGGUCUUUCCGCUUCACGAAUUACCAGCCUUGGAGAAACUCCAGAGAACGUGGGUACGGGCUUUUUUCAGUCCGCAGCCUCUUGAUGAUAUCUGUCGUUACUUUGGCGUGAAGAUCAGUAUGUAUUUUGCAUGGCUAGGGCACUAUACCACCGCCCUUAUAGUUCCAGCUGCAGUGGGUGUCAUAUACUGGGUCGGCAUCAUUGGACGGAACCAGGCGGUGGAAGACGUGGCCUACGUUCUUUUCUCAGUCUUCAACGUAAUCUGGGCUACUGUAUAUUUAGAGACAUGGAAACGUAGGGGAGCUGAAUUGGCCUAUAGAUGGGGAACUUUGGACCAGAGGGAUGAUCUUCUCCUGGAGCCUAGACCUCUUUUCACAGGUACUCUUGAAACUUCGCCGGUGACGGGUAGAUUGGAGCCGACUUAUCCCAGAUGGAGGAGGAACGUGUUCCGAUACUUUGUCAGCAUCCCAAUAAUAAUCACCUGUUUGCUUUUCGUCUUUAUUGUCAUGAUUCUCAGCUUUCAAAUACAGGUAUAUAGAAAACUUCAGGAACCACUUCCGCUUCAAACUCUUUCUUUCCUUGAAAAUCUUUUUUUUUUCUUACAGGAUUGGUGGGAUGCUGGACUUGAAUCUGGUGGUUAUGGAUUCUGGCUGAGUUAUGUACCAAAAGUAUUGCUGGCUGUGGUGAUAACGCUAAUGGAUGAGGCGUACUUCAAAGUUGCAGUCUGGCUUAAUGAUUUAGAAAACUAUCGUCUCGACACCGAAUACGAGAAUCAUCUAAUCUACAAGGUGGCACUGUUUCAGUUCGUCAACUCGUUCCUCUCGCUGUUUUACAUAGCAUUCUAUUUGCAAGAUCAGGAAAGACUAAAAGAGCAAUUGGCAGCACUUUUAAUUGCUAGACAAGUCAUUGGAAACCUUAAGGAAUCUGCUGUGCCAUAUUUUAUAGAACAAUUGCGACUGGCUCGAUUGAGUUUCGAAUUGUUUGGUGCCCUGAGUCCGAGCGAAGCGCGUGCACCCCCUGGUGAAGCUGAUACUGGUACCAAAACUGCAAGAUCGGAUGAGGAUUCCAAGGAUACUAAGGAUGCUGAAGACAAGGACGAGAAAAAUGAGUCAGCACGUGGGAAACAACCGAGAAAUGUUAGCCAAGCUGAAUUGGAGAGUUCUCUCUACAGAUACGAUGGGGCCUUUUCUGAACACUUGGAAAUGCUGUCGCAGUUGGGCUACGUGUGUCUCUUCUCUUCAGCAUUCCCUCUAGCUGCAAUGGCUGCUCUCUUGGGAAACUUACUGGAAUUGCGUGGUGAUGCUUUCAAAUUAUGCUUCGUUCUUCAACGACCGUUUGGUCGACGUGUCUCAAACAUUGGAACCUGGCAGAAUGCAAUGGAGGCUAUGGGACUGGUAGCUAUCCUGGUGAAUUGUGCUUUGAUCGGAUUAAGCGGUCAGGUGCAGAGGAUGUUUCCGGAGAUGUCGGCGACACAGACGAUCCUCCUCAUCGUCGCCCUGGAACACAUUAUGCUGGCAAUCCGCUUCGUGAUAAUCUGUGCAAUUCCUGAUAUUCCAAAUUGGGUCGCAACAGAAAUGGCUAAGGUUGAAUUCUUGAGGAGGGAAGCAGUGAGGAGACUAUCCUCAACACCAUCACCCGAGCAGCAGCCAGCCACAGUUAUAGGGAGAUUCGUGGUGAGUGCAGCAGACGGAGAACAAUCCGUGGAGCAAGAAAAUCUUCAUUCUGAAAGGACCGUGAAUUCUUCGGUAUCAUCGAGUCAACCUACUACUCCAAACCUCAGCAAUCCGCCGACGCCAUCACCGACGCCAACCUCUACGAUAACAAGCAUGAUACCUAGAAUCGCAGAGACUCCACCGCCAGCCGAAUCACCUGGUGCAGGAAGUGGAAGUGAGAGUAGCACUCCAAUUCUUUCCGAUCAUGGAUUAGGAGGUACCCGUGAUCUUCACAACACACCUAGGGCAUCCAUUCCUGGAGGAGAACGAGGACGACGCUCCAGAGACUGGUUAUCAAACGAACAAGAAACAUCUCCAGGAGCAUCCGACUACGGACAUCACUUAACGAUCGGCCCUCAUGGCGGUGUCGAUUGGGUCCGUCGAUUAGGAUUAGUAGAACCAGGAGGUCGUAAAUCAAGCGAUUCUGAGAUCAGCGGUGUGGGAGCAGGAGGCGGAAGUGGCGAUGAGUUCAGUCUACACAAAUCAACCGACUGUAUCGUCUCCAAAGAGUUGGCCUCCUCAUCAGAUAGCGACCUUCUGCGUUCAGCUCCUCCAUGGGCAAUGGCUCACAGAAAUCAGAAGUUCCGAUUCUCACCGGAAAAAGAAAGAGAACGUGAAAGAGAAAGGUCAGAGAAUAAACAUCAGCAAUAUCAUCAACGCGAGUCCCAGGAUCAUCGAGAUCGUUUAUUGCACCUGACCGAGAGAGAGAAAGAUGGUGUUAGUGGUGCUGGUGCCGGUAGUGGUGGUAGUGGUGGUCUAUCAGACUCAAGUAGGACAGUAUCCAGUCAAGAAGAUGAAAAACCAUCGACAGAGGAACGUGAGGCGAAGAAGACACGAGUCAAGCAGAGUCUGAUGAAAAGGGCACGUUCCGUAGCUAUUUUCUCUCUAAAAUUAAAGGAGCGUCGAGCCAGAGAGGCCGACUUAAAGGCAAAGGAAGCGGAGAGGGAAGCCCGAUGGCAGCAGCCGCAAUCAUGCGUAGGCGGAGAACUCUCCUGCAUCCCUAUAGAAAAGCUCAUAUCCGUUGAUGAUAUCGCAUCCAUGGAUAUGCGGCGAAUGAAUCACUAGUCGCAGCUUACUUCUUUUUUGUUCCGUCUUGGCUAAUUAAGAAUAUUAGCAUUGAGGAAACGCGAGAAAUGGAUGGACUAAUGAUUAAGCGAAGACGUUACCGAAUGACGCACAAAGUCGCAUCGAUCCCUUUAAUGAUGAAACUAGAUAGAUAAAAAUAAUUCAGUAAGAGACAAAGAGUAGAUCGAACCUAAAACCGACCCUCAAACCUUUGACAGUCACAAAGAAAAUUCGCUUUAUUAUUAGGUUAGGACACCACAAAUAUCAACAGAAUUGACAAUGCCCAGAAAAGAAGGACUGGUAUCGACAAACACUAUCAUGUUACAAGGGACCCGUAAACAACAUUUAAAAAAAGGAGUUUAACAGAAUGGAACAAUUUCCAAGAUAUAUCCCAAGAAGCGUACAUAGUAUAUAGUGUAUAUCUCCAUCACGAACACAUUCCCCUAGAAGCAUUCGCUGAAGAAAGCUAACGUAAGACUUUUGUAAGGCUCUAUAGAGACGCCCUGUAAAGCGUGUUCCAAAAUCCGAAAGAUACAUGCGAUAAUAUCCAUUGUUGUUGUUGUUCUUGUUGUUGCUGAAUCGUACGUCGUUACGUAUUGUUGACUAGAGAUUAAUGAGUUUAAGCGAACGUUUUUGCCAAAAGGUCCCUACCUAGCCAUUUUGUAUUGCAAAACGCGAAUGACUCGAAAUGAUAAUUCUAUAUUUCUGAUAAUAUUUUUCUUUCGACGAAUCGUUUUAAUAAUAAAUAUUUUUGCAUGAAUAGGAGACGCAAGUGAUAUUUUAUUUCGGAGAUUAUCAACAUCGAGAGAUACAACUUCAAAUAAGGCAGUGAAUUUAGGGUUUUAUCAUUUUUAUUUAUUUCUGGCAAGUUCUACAUAAAUGGCAAAUUUGGGGACCCCACUGUAAAUAGAAAAAUCUUUAACGCGACGAGCAAACAAACCAGUAUAAAAAACCGAUGUGUUAAUUCUGACUUGAUGGCGUAGCGCACAUUUUGCUCCAACCCUUUCCACCUUACAUCUCCUACUGUAUGUCAUGCACACAGCAGACAUACAUAAAUACUACUUCAAGGUAGAGACAGAUAUGUAAACGAGCGCAAACCCCUCAAAGUUCUGUUAUCUCCAUGAGACUUAUUGCAACGACACCACUGUGUGUGAGUGAGAGAGAAUGAGAGAAAAGAAAGAGAAUAUUUAGGUAGAUUUUUUUAGCCUAGGUCGCUUCUUAAGGAGGCAAUGCAAUGCCAACAGAGUUUAAGCAUAUGUGUUUCGUAGAUGUUUUCUAUAAAACAGAAAUUGAUUAAAUAAAAGGAAUCCUGAUUAAA